AUGGAGCAAGUGUACUCGGGCCGAUGCCUCUUUAUCACAGGCGGCACGGGCUUUCUAGCCAAGACGCUUAUUGAGAAGCUUUUGCGAUGUACGCCCGGGAUCGCGAAGAUUUUUGUCUUAAUUCGGCCCCGCAAAGGUGUUGCACCAGCUGAGCGGCUUCAGAAGGAGAUUAUCCAAAGUCGCGUAUUCGACCGCUUGCGAGCGGAACGUCCGCAUGACUUCAAUGCAUUUGCAAGUGAGAAAUUGCAGGCAGUUGCUGGUGAUAUGACGACGCCGGAUUUGGGACUGAGUGCAGACGACGCGCGGUUAUUGCGUGCAUGUGUGCAGAUCUCUAUCCACUCGGCUGCUACAGUGCAGUUUAAUGAGCUGCUCGAAGUGGCAGUGGAGAUGAACUGUAUGGGUGCGCUAAAUGUCGCACGAUUCGUGCAGAGCUGUCCCAAAAAUCAGUGCCAUUUGCACGUGUCGACUGCUUAUGUAAACAGCAAUCGACGGGAUAUGAGGAUAUCAGAGGAGCUGUAUCCGCUCGAGUUUGAUGCGCAGGAAGCAUAUGAAGCAGUCACGACAGCGACACCAAGUGAAGCCGAACGUCUAAGAGUGAAUUUAAUGGGGACGUAUCCUAACACGUACACCCUAACCAAGUCUAUGACGGAGCACCUUUUGGUGAAAGAAAUCGCGUCCGGUUUGCCGUUCAUAAUUCACCGCCCGACGAUUAUCGGUGCAAGUUGGAAAGAGCCCGUGCCUGGAUGGAUUGAUCAAAUCGCAGCAGCCGGAGCUAUAUUCUUAGCUGCAGGUAUGGGUGUGCUGACGAUGCUGCCGGGCGACCCAAGAAAUAUUGCAGACAUUGUUCCCGUAGACUUGGUAGUAAACAGUAUCUUACUGUCUAUCUGCGCAAGUGUUCACGAUCGUGAACGCUCGACACAAGACUCUCUGUGCCCGUUUACUAAGGGUAUGGCAGUGAAUAAGCCAAUGAUCGUCCAUUGCGGCACGUCCGAUCCUCGACAAAAUCCGUUGCGCUGGCGUGUGCCAUGUGUGCUGGUGCCCGAAUACUUUCGCAAAAAUCCGCCAGCUCGCGGACUCUUCCCGGCCAAAUUUUCAAUGGUUCCAACUCACCAGAGCUUUCAAGUUCAAUGGUUUCUUCAAUACGCGCUACCCUCGUCCGUUUAUUCGACAAUUGCCAACAAGAGCGGGCAUCCAGGGCAUAUAAAGAAUGCGGCAAAGCUGUGGCAACUUACGUGGCGUGCACGGAAUCUGGUCGAGCUCUUUAAGCCGUUUACAGAAAAUCAGUGGAUUUUUGUUGCGGAUGCUGCAGAAAAAACGCUCGGACCCUGGGCCACGAAAGACUUUUGGAUUGAUUCUCACGAGAUUGCAUGGGAGCGAUACGUUGUGAACUACUGCGUUGGGCUGAAAAAAGUAUAUGUUGCACGAGGAUGUUAUCGACGUGGAUAUCGAAGGAGUCACACAGACGCAGCUUGCACUAAGCACAGGACGCAUCUUGGAAUGGGAUCCAGACCACCAUGCAAUCUCAUUCCCAGGACUGCUCUCCGAUGUGGCAUGGGCGUACACGUCAAGUCGCAAGCCAGGCUACACCAAAUCUGGACUGCUUGGUCGCGUCAUGGGGCUUACAGGGUGGAAGGAAGGCGUAAAUCAUGA